AAGCAUAAUAAUAACAAUAAUAACAAUAAUAACAAUAAUAAUGAAAAACAAACUAAUAUCUGAAUUAAUAUAUGAAAAAUCCGAGUUGUCUGGAACGCAGCAUUAACACUAACCAACUGGUAACGUUGUCAUUGACAGCAUUUGUUUAGAGGUGACAGAGAUGGCAGCCUCCAAGUAUAAAGGUUUCGUCAGGAAAAAGCGCAACUCAGAGUUUGACAUGGUUGUAAGCAUCCUGAGGAAGGAGAACGCCUAUCUGAAGAAGAGCCUGGCCGAGUUAUCUCGCCAGCAUUGGGAUCAUUACAGGCUAGUGAAGAGAUUACUGAAUCUUGACGCUGUGAAGCGGGAUAAUUCUCAGCAGGUGACGGACAAUGACAAGAAGACAGCUUUGCCAUCAGAGCUGAGUGAGAGAGGAGAGAACCUGACAGACUCGGACUUCAAGUUGGAUGAAGAGGCCUCCAGCACCAAAGUAACAGAGCUCCAGAAUCAGCUCAGAGAUGCCUUGGAGAGGAACAAGCAGUGGCUGGAUUAUGACCAGCACAGAGAUGCCUAUGUGAGGGCCAUUAUGGACAGAAUGUCAUGGCAGGAGAAGCAGCUGAACGAAGCCAAUCUGUCUUGCUCAAGGAAGCACAAUGAGGACCAUUCAGAUGAGAAGAAGCGAAUAGUCCAGAUGCAGGAGUACUAUGAUAGACUCCUACAGAAAGCCAAAGAUGAGCUGGAGGUGCUCAGGGGGCAGAUCGACAUCACCCAACAGAACCUGACAACAACCACUAACUGGUGCAAGGAAAGGGAUAUGGAGUUGGAGGAGCUCAAGCAGCAUCUGCAGAAUAAAGAAUUGAGUGUAAAAAGUUCACCAGAAGAUGAUCAUCACUCUGAGAAUGAAUUAGAAGAACUGGCAGAUAAGAACAAAGACCUUGAGGACACGCUGUAUGAGGAGAAGCGCCGGGCAACUAACUCUGAGCUGCAGGUUAAUCUCCUCCAGAAGAUUGUGUUAAAUAAUCACAGUGCAGACCAGGAGAAGAUUGCAGAUCUGGAGCGUCAGAUCCAGAUUUCUACACAAGACCUUGAGGAUGCGAGACAGGAUUGUUCACAUUUAAAGAAGCAAAUGGUCAAGGUCCUGAAGUUGCUGAAGAAGACCGUACGCCAAGAUACAAACACGACAGAGUUCUGCAGUGACCACGUGACAUCCUCCACUAGCAGACACUCGCUGAAUGAAAGCUUCCUGGCGUGUCCCUGCUGCGAGGUCGAGUAUCCUGUCAGUCAGUACAGAGAACUGAUGAAGCACCUAGACGCCUGUUCCGAGUGAGCUGAGCCUCAAUCCUCUG